ACCAUCCAACGUCUUGUGGAUGGAGAUGGAAGAGGAUCUCUUGCUUUUGCUGCUGCUGCUGGAGGAAGAGUGAAUGUUUGUAGUUACUUGCUUGAAGAGUUGAAACUUGAUGUUGAUGUUAAGGAUGACGCAGGUGUAACUCCCUUAUCAUAUGGAGCUGUUAAGGGACAUCUUAACACUGUAGAGUAUCUUCUCGAGCAGGGCGCCAAUCCUGAUGGAUCAACUGAUCCAGAUUGUACAACUAAUACUCCUUUGCAUUAUGCUGUAUUGGGAGGAGAUAGAGAGAUACAGACACUGUUACUAUCGAAAGGUAUCCGCAUUGAUGUUGCGACUAGAUCUGGUACAGCCCUUUCAUAUGCUGCUCUCCUUGGCCAGAUUGAUGCUUUAAAGUUUUGUUGGAUCACCAUGCAGAUCCUAAUGUGGCAUUAUUCGGUGUGGUUACACCACUAGCAUCAACCAUUGCGAUCAAUUCACUGCUAAAGGGAAGAUAGUUGGUAGAGAGUAGCAGCAGAAGUCAAAACGAGAACUAACAGAAACAAAGAGGAGCCUUUUUUUUAUUUUUUUUUAUUUGUGUAUCAACCAAAGAAGAAGAUGGAUACGUAUUUCAUAUCCCAUGGAUCUCCGAUGCUUGCAGUAGAAGAAGAUAUGCCAGCAAGAUCUUUCUUAAAAUCAUGGCAACAGAGAAUUCAUCAACAUAAACCAAGCUCUAUUCUGGUGAUUUCAGCUCAUUGGGAAACUGCAGAUCCAACUGUUAAUGUUGUUGAUCACAACUCUACUAUUUAUGACUUCUAUGGGUUUCCUAAACCUCUCUAUCAGCUCAAGUACCCUGCACCAGGUGCCCCGAGGUUAGCAAAGCGGGUUAAGGAACUGCUGACCAGUUCUGGCUUUCAACGAGUCAAAGAAGAUAAAACUCGUGGGCUCGAUCACGGUUCUUGGAUCCCACUCCAUCUCAUGUAUCCUGAGGCUGAUAUCCCAGUGUGUCAACUUUCGGUUCAGACACAAUUAGAUGGAACUCAUCACUACAACAUGGGAAAGGCACUAGCCCCUCUUAGAGAUGAAGGGGUCCUUAUAAUUGGGUCUGGUAGUGCAACCCAUAACUUAAGUGCUCUCGGAAGAGAGAAUACUCCUGUUCCAUCAUGGGCAGAAGAUUUCGAUACAUGGCUAAAAGAAUGUCUUCUAGCUGGCAGACAUGAAGACAUAAAUCAUUAUGAAGAGAAAGCGCCUAGGGCCAAAAUGGUGCAUCCAUGGCCUGAACAUUUCUACCCACUGCACGUCGCUCUGGGGGCAGCUGGGGAAGAAGCAAACGCUGAACUAGUCCAUCACAGUUGGCGGGAAGGAGCCCUUUCAUAUGCCUCUUAUCGUUUUAAAACCACGCCAUGAUGCAACUGUGCUUAUGAGAUUUCUGUCUUUUCUGGUACCUAUUUUUCAAGUACUUGUAUGACUGCUAUGUUUGAUUUUGUGACUUGAGAGUUCACAGUUCAUUGGUAUAUGAUCCUUCACAGUUCACCUACAAACUACAAUAAUACUGUAUCUGAACAGAUAUAUACAAUAUUGGUUACAGGCAAGCCUUGAUUUCAGAGUUCUCCUUUUCAAAA